AGAGAGAGAGAGAGAGAGAGAGAAAGAGAAAGAGAGAGAGAGAGAGAGAGAGAGAGAGAGCAAUGGUGAUUCCUACUACUACUACUCCUCCAAAGUGAAGGAUCACAACACCCUCAAAAUGGUGCUUUGAAGAAGCCUCGCUUCAAUUGCUCGCUCUCUGAGCACUCCGUGCAGAGGAGCCCCACACGAUGCCCAAAAUGUUCGGCUUUUCGCGGCGGCGGAUGAAGCUGGGAAGGUUGAAGAUUCAUUUGGGGGAUCCUUUGCAGGGACCUAGAAGCCCCGCUCGACCUACCAAGCGAUCCAGUGAGUCCAAUGUAAGGUUUUCUUUUGGACACUUUAGCUUCCAGGGGGAGAAUAUGGUCACAGCGACAGUUAGAAGCCACUCCGAUGACCUCUCUCGCAGGUGUUCUUCGGGUGCAUUUGAUUUGAAUGAUUGUGUGUUGGAAAAUUCUGGGAACUGGAGUGUGUUGUCAACCGAUGGAGAUGAACCAACUCCUCGCUUUAAUCAUGCAGCGGCAGUUAUUGGGAGCAAAAUGGUAGUUGUGGGCGGCGAGUCAGGCCAUCGAUUGUUGGACGAUACAAUGAUUCUAAGCUUAGACAAGCUUACCUGGGUGGCUGCUUCUCCGAAGGUUUACUUGUCGCCAAGUGGACUUUCUCACAAAAUUCCUUCAUGCAAAGGUCAUUGUCUGGUGCCGUGGGGAAAAAUGGUUAUACUUAUUGGUGGGAAAACCGAGCCUGCAAGUGACAGAGUAGCAGUAUGGUCCUUCGAUAUAGAAACAGAGUGCUGGUCUCAGUUGGAAGCGAAGGGCGACAUCCCGGUUGCCCGAAGUGGCCAUACAGUUAUCAGAGCAGGUCCUGUUUUGAUCCUCUUUGGGGGUGAAGACGCGAAAGGCAAAAAACUGAACGACCUUCAUAUGUUCGAUCUGAAGUCGUUGACAUGGCUUCCCUUGCAUUAUAAAGGAGCAGGUCCUUCGCCAAGAUCGAAUCAUGUUGCCGCUCUCUAUCAUGAUAAAAGUCUUUUUAUUUUCGGAGGCCAAUCAAAGUCCAAGAUCUUGAAUGAUCUUUAUUCACUCAACUUUGAAACAAUGGUGUGGUCAAGAGUGAAAACCCGCGGAUCUCAUCCGUCGGCCAGAGCAGGUUGCUGUGGAGCUCUUUGUGGAACUAAAUGGUACAUAAUUGGGGGUGGAAGCAAAAAAAGACGACACGCAGAAACAUUGGUCUUUGAUGUUAUCAAACUCGAGUGGUCCGAGUCUGUGACACCACCUAGCACUUCUAUUAUCACCAACAAGGGAUUCAGCAUGGUUCCGGUACAGCACAAGGACAAGAUUUUACUGGUCGCUUUUGGGGGAAAAGUAAAGGAGGCAUCUAACAAGGUUGAAGUACUAGUACUUGUCCAGAUUGAUCGUUCAAUGAGCUGGCGAUCCGCCCCAGUCACCGAUUUGUACGAAGAUUACGGAAGAUCCAAAGAGCUUGCCUCUGUUGAUUCUCUUGCUAGGAGCAGUCUCGCAUCUGCAGUGGAUCAGCAAGCAUCUGGCAGGAAAUCUCUAUCAGAUUCCUUGGUCGAUCGUCUCGAUCCACAUCCUAUUUCCGAUAGUGUUUCACUUCGUAAACAAUUUCACCAAGAAGAGGAUUGCAGUUUAGCUCGAAAGUUGCAGAAGCCUGUUGAAAUUGAGAAGCAUAGAGAUGGUGAUGACUGUUCGGCAAGAGAGCAAAAGAGCAAGAAGAGGCUGGAAACUGCAGUUCAGAUGGAUAUUGCCGGAAUUUUAGCUGCGAAGGAAGAAACUUUAGUCGACUCUGAAUGCACGAUUGGGAAGCAAAAGCUUAAACAUAUUACCCUUACUCCAGACGCCGAUCAUGGUGUGCCUCCAGAGGCCGAUGGACGAGCGGCCCUUCUUACUAGCCCUUCCAACAUUUACCAACUGUACGAGACCAAUAAGACCAAUAUAGCAAGCUUGACUCGUAAAAACAGCUUGCUAGAAGAGCAGCUUACAGCUGCAUUGUCGAGCAAGGAAACAGCCGAAAAAAGCUUAUCUUCGGCUGUUAGGAGUAGAGAGGAUGCAGAGAGGAGACUUGCAGAUGCCUUGAAGGAGGCGGAAGUGCUAAAAGAGAAGCUGGCAAGCUUAGAGCUUGCCCAGGAAGAAGCAAACAGCCUCUCGAAUGCCGUCCAUGCUGACAACGUGAGGCUCGAGCAUGAUGUGGCUUUCCUAAAAGCUAUUCUAGACGACACCCAAAAGGAGCUGCACUCGACAAGGGGGGUUUUGGCAGGAGAAAGGGCAAGAGCAUUUCAGCUGCAGGUGGAAGUGUUUCAUCUCAAGCAGCGAUUGCAGUCCGCCGAGAACAGAGCGCCCACGCCAAGGAAACCGUACCAUUAGUGAAGCAAAAAUCUAUCCAUUUUGGUUAAUAUAUCUCUUAGCAAGAACUCAAAUUAUGUGGAAUUCACCCUUUUUGGUUUCUUUUGUGGAUGUACAUAGUAAGUUGAUAACCACCUUUCCAAAGUAUAUGUAGAUGUUGUUGCACCAUGUAAUCAAAUGUUAGAAUGAGUAUUCACAUCCUUGUCAAUGUUGUGCUGGCGACAAAAUUAGUUUUUGCCUCUGCAUUGUGAAGGAGAAUGGGCUUAAAAUUGUUUAACUUCUCUCUUAUCUUCUUAACAUUAAGGUUCUCUAAAUUAAUUUCAUUGAAAUGAACAAAUGGAACACAUUUGCUUUAUGGAGAAA